UCCCCCGGGCGGCGCCUGCCUUCGCUGGAGAACUGGUUUUUUUCCCCCCCAACAGCCCCAACAUGAUUUACUCCUCGGGAAGAGAAUCCUACUUCAACCUGAACUCCACCUGGUACGACCCCUCGGGAUCCUGGCUGGACACGCGGCGCACGCCCUUCCGCUACGGCUACGCCAACUGCUGCUCCUCGGGCUGCCACGGCGAGGGCGCCGAGGGCAUGAGGGGCCACGACUACCGCCACUACGGCUACCGCCAGCCCCGCUGCUCCGAGCGCUGCCAGGGCUACUCCAGCUCCUCGGGCUCGUGCCACGGAGGGGGCUCGGGCUGUGUCAGGAGGCCCACGUACAGCUCCGGGGGCUCGGGGGGCUGCCAGGGCUACGGGAGGUCCGUGUGCUCCGAGAGGUGCCACGGGGCAGGGGCCCAGGGUGGGAAACCGUGCUGUGGGAAACCCGUGCAGAGCAUCCCGGUGCAGAGCUGUCCCCGUCCCUGUCCCCCUCCGGUGCAGAGCAUCCCGGUGCAGAGCUGUCCCCCACCCUGUCCCCCACCAGUGCAGAUCUGUCCCCGUCCCUGUCCCCCUCCUGUCCAGCAGACCUGUGUGCCCGUCUCCAAGGGCAUCCCCAGCCAGCAGCACAAGCAAAUCUGCAAAGUGCCAGCCCGGAAAAUCAAAUAAAGGACCGAGGGCUCGGUGAGGAGCGAGGGGAAACAAGGGGAGCUUGUCCCGCCUGUCCCCACGCUGUCACCCGUCCCUGCUCUGUCCCCUCCGCUUGUAACGCGCUCUGAAGCUGUGACCCGCUCAGCGCCGUGAAGUUUGGGGUGCUCCUCGCCUCGUUUCACAGCAGACGCGGAGGCAAUAAAAAAAAUGCUGGCUCCAA